AUGGGAGGAAAUGAUUCAACAAAGGGAGAUAAUGCUACUUUAUGGAGUAUUGUAAUUAAAACAGCAUAUAGAAAGAGGAGAUCCAAAAGAAAACAAAAUGAACAGAAAAAUGAAGGAAGUGGCCUAGAUUUGGAUAAUUAUAAUAACUACACCAGUACAAUAGGAAACAAUAAUUUUACUGACAGAUAUUCAGGUGACAAUACAAUUUUAAAUGGUAAUACUUGUUUCUCAAAGAAUCAACCAGGGCCAAGUAUUACAGAUACUAAGAGUAAUGGGGAUGAUUUACUAAAAUACUUAUUGGAUGGAAGCCCUGGACAGGAAAAUAAGCAACUAGAAGACAAAAAUACGGUUUCAAGUGAGUUUGAAGGAGUUAGAACUGAAAGCAAUUCAAAUAAUAGUUUUUUAAGUGAAUUAUUUUCAAUUGAUAAAUUAAAUGGAGAUGGAGGCUCUAAAUUGUCAAUAGAUUGCAAAGGAGAUAUAAUUAUAGAAGAAAAUUCGUUGAAUGGUGGUUCUGGAAAACAAAUGGAUUGGCUUGGAUUAAUGGAGGGAAGAGUAUAUAUUAAUGAGAAUAUGGCAGGCACAUCCUUACAGCCAUAUUCUGGUGCUUAUAAGAGAACAAAAGGUAAAAGAUGGUCUACAGAACAGACUAAUAAAUUUUAUGAUGCUUUGUCACUAUUUGGUACGGACUUGAUGCUAGUAAAAUCUGUCUUCCCAGAAUUUACUGAUAAGCAAAUACACGAUAAAUUUAAAGCAGAAGAGAAGAAGAAUAAGGAUAAGUUGGAUGACAUAUUAAUUAAUAAUAAGAAAAAGUUAACCAAAGAAGAUGUUUUAAGAUUUAAACAAAAAUAUAAAUAA